AUGAUUAGUUGGGCGUUGAGGCGCAACAACAACUCAAAUGCGCAGAAUGCGCCGGGCGCGCCCGAUGCCGAUGAAUCCACCAACCAGCUCGAUGUUCCCGAUACUCCAGCGCCGGUUUUCGCUGUGCGCGCCUUGAAGACUGCCUUGUUCGGCACACCCGCCAAAGAUUCCAAAAAGUCCGCGCCUAUGCCCGGUCCCCAUCGAUCACCGACGAAACCCACCGGCAUUCUCUUGACUCCAGGUGUUGGCGCAGCUCGUCGCAAGCGCGUUUCCUUCGGUCAUGGCGUUAAGGCGGGAUCGGCCCUGGACUUGACCGCGACGAGUGGCUUUGGGGCCAACGGUCAGACCUCAAAACCAAAGACCCGAUUGAACGAAAUUCUCGAAAAUUCGCGGACCAGGCCACAAACCGCGGAUAACGGUGUCAAGACGUUUUCGGCCGAAGAUGCAUGGGAUGAAGAUGAUGUCGAGUAUUAUGAUGACUCGGAUCUCGAGACAGAUAUCACAGAUGCCACGGUCGAUCUCAACGAACCACACUCGCGCUCUGGCAGGUACUGGAAGGCCGAGUUCGAAAAAUACCACGCGGAUGCGAGGGCGGAAAUGGAGAAGCUGGUUAGAUAUAAGCAACUCGCAAAGUCCUACGCGAAACUGAAGGAUGCUGAGGCUAUCGACCUGAACAAGAAGCUCAAGGAGGAGCAGGAGAGGGUUCAGCUAAUGGAGGAGCAAAUUGCCGAGAUGACGCGCCACGUCAAUCUCUACUCCAAGCGAGGUGGCGCCGAGGCCAAUAACGGAUUGAUGGAAGAGCUUAAUCGACAAAAGGCUUUGGCGCAAGAGUACAGGGCCCAGGUCGAGGAAUUGGAGGAGAUACUGCGCGAAGAUGAAGAGGAUCACAACGACUAUCAGGCGGGCAGCCACGCUUCGUACAAGCGGCGGAUCGCAUCACCCAGGACCCAUCGGACACUUUUGGAGGCCCAGCGAGAACUCAGGAAGGCAAGAUCACAGGUUAGGGAGCUUGGAAAGCUUCGGGAUGAGCGGGACCGGAUGAAGACAGAGCUCAAAUUCGCCGAGCAACGAACCAACGCGCUCACCGAAGAGAAUAAGAAGCUCAACAGUGAGGUCGUGUUGAGCAACUUCAAGGUCAAGGAUUUGGAGAAACGGCUGGCCGAAUCCAAGAACGAGAACCUGGUCAAGGACAAUGAACUCCAGAAACUCAGGGCGGAUUACGACAAAUUGAAGGAAGACGCGAAAUCCCGAUACAUGGAAGCCAGGCAAGUUUUGGAAAAGAAGAACGACAAAAUAUCCGAACUUCAGGACGAAAUUGCAACCCUCAAGGCCGAGACGAUCGAGUCCAAGUGGGCGGCGCGGAUGAAGAACCUGGAGGCGAAACUGAAAGCGAGCCACGACAAGAUCAAGGAAGCAAAUGACCGAGAAGAAGCACUCAAGUUCCUGGAAACGGCCGAGGAGGAGAGCACAUUGUUGUUCAAGGAGUUGGAUGCACUCAGGAAAACAAGCAUGCAGCGAGGGAUUCUGAAUCCCGCACCAGCUGCCGGAGCCCAGAAGCGAAUCAGGACCAACACGGGCGACAUCAAGCGGUACAGCUAUGAGGACGAGGCAUUGGUGUCUUCACGGGCUCUUAGGGAAAAGAUCGAGGCAGACAUGGCCAAAAAGCCUUUAGGAUUUGGCGAAACCGCGAAGCAACAAGCGCCGUUGUGGACGACCAACCAACCUGACCGGGCAGCAUCGCGCAGGACAACAGCAGGGACUACCACGGCAACUGCCUCAUCUGCCGCUGCCAGAACUCUCCGAACAAAGCCGAGCUUGGAGGAUAUUCUAGGCAAGAAGCUGGAUAAGCCAUGGGCGAGCACCAAGACGACAGCAACAACGGCUGGCAACACCGGCUCUCAAUUGCCGGCGACAAGGAGGACGCGUAUUGCCCGGCCUCUCUCCAACGAAGUGCCCGAGCUUGAGCCAUUCAAGGCCCCCACUUCUCACUCCUUUAAGGUGCCGGAUCUUGAGCCCUUCAAACCAGACGUGGUGCCGCAUUCGAACAUCGCGCGUCUGGAAGGGUUUGACAUUGAUAGUAGCUCCGUCUGGAACGUUGGGAGCACUACACCGCCUCCGAAGACAUCCACAUCCACAUCAACAUCCCUUCCCGCAGACCGCCGAGCGGCAGCCAUUGCUCGAUUGCAGCGCAAGAGAGCCGAAAGGGAGAAGGGUCUGGGCGACAGGAAUAAGGAGAACCUGUGGCCCUGA